UCCAAAAUAUUAAAAAUUUAAAAUCCCUGAAACGAAAUCGUCGAGAAAGUAUCCACCUUCGAUUCUCUCAUUGAAACGCUAUGGCCGGAAGAGGAAAGGCUCUCGGUACCGGGGCCAAGAAAAUGGGACAAUCACGGAGCCAUAAAGCCGGCCUCCAGUUCCCCGUCGGUCGUAUCGCUCGCUUCUUGAAGGCCGGAAAGUAUGCCGAUCGCGUCGGGGCUGGCGCUCCCGUCUAUCUUGCCGCAGUCCUUGAGUACCUCGCCGCCGAGGUUUUGGAAUUGGCUGGGAAUGCGGCGAGGGAUAACAAGAAAUCGAGGAUUGUUCCGAGGCACAUUCAGUUGGCGGUGAGGAACGAUGAAGAGUUGAGCAGAUUGCUCGGGACGGUGACCAUCGCGAACGGCGGCGUUUUGCCUAACAUUCACAAUAUGUUGUUGCCGAAGAAGACUACAACCAAAGGGCCGGUGGACGAUGAUUAGGCCUAAGAAAAUUCGGAACAAAUUUGGUUCGGAUUUCAUUGACAUCUUCCAAUUCCUUUUUGCUUAGAUUUAGGGUUUGUUUUAGGGAUUGUGAGAAUGGAUAAUUGCCUCGAUGUAAAUGGUUAAUUUAAGAAAUUCAAGAUUAAAAU